AGCUCGGUCUUCUUCACCCCCAUCAAACUCCCCUCCUUUCUCUCUCUAUUCCUCUUUCUUCCCCCAAAAUCAAAACCAAAAUCAAAUCUGGGGGGGCAAAGUUAGGGCCUUUUCCUAGGGUUUUCGUGCUGGGGAGCGGAUCUCUCUCGCGCCAUGGCCACUCUCCCAUCUCCUCUCCUGUGCCUGGCUCUCCUCUUCCUCAUCGCCGCCGCUAGGGCCGACGACGUGUCGCGCGACGAAGACGAAGACGCCCCCAAAAUCCCCGGCUGCAGCAACAAGUUCCAAUUGGUUAAGAUAAAGAACUGGGUGAAUGGUACUGAGGGCACCAGUGUGGUUGGAUUAAGUGCUAGGUUUGGUUCCUCCUUGCCUAGCCAUGCUUCUGAAGCUUUAAAAACAUCUGCUGUUCUUGCAAAUCCUUUCAACUGCUGUACUAAUUUAUCUAUGAAGUUAUCAAAUUCAGUUGCCUUGGCUAAGCGGGGAGAUUGUGCCUUCACUAAUAAGGCAGUGGUCGCUCAGUUUGGUGGUGCAGCAGGUUUACUUGUGAUAAAUGACAAUGAAGAUCUUUACAAGAUGGUCUGCACCGAAAAUGAUACUUCGCUUAAUGUGACAAUUCCUGUUGUAAUGAUACCAAAGUCUGCAGGGGACAAAUUUAAGGAUUCCUUGGCUAAUGGAGCCAGAGUGGAGGUUCUAUUGUAUUCUCCAAAUCGACCUGUUGCGGAUAUAUCAGCAAUUUUUGUGGGGUUAAUCGCCGUUGGAACCAUUGUUUGUGCUUCACUUUGGUCUGAAUUUAUUGCAUGUGAGCAGGUUGAUGAACGUUACAACCAACUAACACGGAAGGAUCAGCCAGCCGGAAUGAGCAGCAGGGAAGAUUCUGAGAAGGAAAUUCUAGAAAUUAAUGCAAGAGGAGCUAUAAUUUUCGUUAUAGCUGCUUCAGCUUUUCUAUUGCUUCUUUUCUACUUCAUGUCCUCUUGGUUUGUUUGGCUUCUGAUAGUAUUAUUCUGCAUUGGUGGUACUGAGGGAAUGCAUGUUUGCUUAGUAGCACUCAUUUCAAGGAUCUCAAGAGAUUGUAGUCAGAAGACUAUUACUCUUCCCCUGUUUGGGGAGGUUUUAGUCCUCUCUGUGGUGGUUUUACCAUUCUGUGCAGCCUUUGCCAUUGUUUGGGCAGCAAGCCAACAUGCAUCAUAUGCGUGGAUUGGUCAGGAUGUUCUUGGCAUCUGUUUAAUGAUAACUGUACUGCAGAUGGCUAGGUUACCGAACAUCAAGGUUGCAUCAGCUCUUUUGAGUUGUGCAUUUGUCUAUGAUAUAUUCUGGGUGUUCAUUUCACCUCUUAUUUUCCACGAGAGUGUUAUGAUUGCUGUUGCUCGGGGGGACAAUAAUGGGGGAGAAGCAAUUCCAAUGCUUUUGAGAAUCCCUCGUUUUUUUGACCCUUGGGGGGGUUAUGAUAUGAUUGGAUUUGGGGACAUACUUUUCCCUGGCUUGCUUGUUGCAUUCAGUUACAGAUAUGAUAGAGCAAACAAAAAGGGAAUUUGGAAUGGUUUUUUUCUGUGGCUGACAGUGGGCUAUGCAUUUGGCCUCUUUCUCACAUACCUUGCUUUGUAUCUUAUGGAUGGCCACGGUCAACCUGCUCUGUUGUACCUUGUUCCGUGCACUUUAGGGCUUAUUAUCAUAUUGGGUUGGCUCAGAGGAGAACUAAAUGACCUGUGGAACUAUGGGAAAAGCCGGACUGGUAAUGAUGCUGUAGAAGCUUGAAGGACACAUUUUCUGGACUGCGAGAAAUGCACGGUACCAAGUCUUGUUGGGUCCAUAAAGACCUGUCGAUUGGCAAAAGUAACAUUUUAAGAUCCAAAGGACACAAAAACUCAAACCUCGAAGGAGUUUAUGCAAUACAUGAAAAAUCUAUAUUCGAAGAGGGUCAUCUAAGCUUUCAAAUGUAAACUAACCAUGGAAAAGUGAGCCUUAAAGAACAAUGAACUAGGACUAGAUUCAUCCUUCAAUUGUUGAUUAUUAUGUAGCCAUAAAAAUACUCCGUUGAUUGUCUGUUUCAUCACGAAAUUGUAUUGGGAGCUCCUCUUUGUAGUGCUAAGUGCAGAUGGAAUGUAUAUCAUUAAUAAAUGCAUGCUCGAUCUUGUAAUCA